AAGCUAGGUUGAUUUUGACAAGUUUGUAAAGUUAGGGCAUAAUAAUGAAGCAACUCUACAUUUGAAGACCAUAAUUUGAUAUUGACCUUUGUACCUAAUCGAUCGAAUUAGUUCUUCGAAAAUUUGUGCAUGGCCUUCGCCCCAAAGUUUCUUCGGCCGCUCCCCAGAGCUUUCGUGUUCGCUUCGUCUUCAUCUUCUUCCUUCUUCAAUCCCGUCAGAUUCUGUUGUGUGAAAUUUCAGCACUUCAAGUCGUUUCCGACGAACUUCGGAUCAUUACUCUGCAACCGCAUUUCCAAUUUCAGACUUGCAUUUUCUGGCGCUAAUGGAAUUUAUCUGCGGAAGUCUCCUUUGAUAGGAAGUCAGUUUAGUAAGGGCACCAUUUUGGGUGCAUCAGUUGUAUUUGGAUCAAUCAGUUUGUGGCCCAAUGCUUCAUUGGCUAUGGACGACAGAUUAAUGGAUGCUCCCCAAGAGGAUUUAGAUGCUUCAGAUUAUGUAAAAUCUGCAAAAAUCUUCUGGGAGCUUGCAUUAAGACUCUGGUUGCCUUUUCUUCUCUGUUGGACUGUGUUGAUAAAUUUGAAUCAUCCUAUACUAGUUGUGGGCAAAGUGGUCCUAUUCCUUGUUAGCACAAAACCCAGUCCUCUAUCUGUUUACAUUUUUGUGGAGAAGUUGCGUUCUUCUUCAUCUCAAGAGCCCCAUCUCUCUAACUGGAAAAAGUGUUUGUUUGCAAGAAAAGUUGAAGUCGAAGACUACAAGCUUCUAUGCGUGGCCAAAGUUGAAAUGAAACAUCAAAAGUUCACUCUUGUGGGAAUUCUUGGAGGUUGGUGGAAAUGGCCACCCUUUUCUUCUGAUGAUGAAUUCAUUGCUUUUAUGGAUAAACUAGCUUUCCUUGCACAUCGACUAAAGUCUAUAUACUAAGUAUAGGUUAAAUAUAUAAAAUUUAGUUCAUACAGUUGAGCUAUGCUUUUAAUAUAGCUGUUAAAAAUAGUUUAUGAUAAAUUAGUGAAAUUUAAGAUCGGAAAACAUAUGAUCUUUUUCCUCUGGAAAGGCAUUGUAUGUAUAUCAUAGAGUCGUUUGGCCCCACCAAUUUGUCAAGUUGGUGUAUACAAUUCAACUUCAAUAAGAAAAACUAUUGAACUUA